AUGGAGAAAUACGAGCGGAUCCGGGUGGUGGGGAGAGGGGCCUUCGGCAUCGUGCACCUGUGCCUGCGCAAGGCCGACCAGAAGCUGGUGAUCCUGAAGCAGAUCCCGGUGGAGCAGAUGAGCAAGGACGAGCGGCUGGCGGCGCAGAACGAGUGCCAGGUCCUCAAGCUGCUCAGCCACCCCAACGUCAUCGAGUACUACGAGAACUUCCUGGAGGACAAGGCGCUCAUGAUCGCCAUGGAGUACGCCCCAGGGGGCACGCUAGCAGAGUUUAUUCAUAAGCGCUGUAACUCCUUGCUGGAUGAGGAUACCAUCCUGCACUUCUUCGUGCAGAUCCUCCUGGCUCUCCACCACGUUCACACCAAGCAGAUCCUGCACCGCGACCUGAAGACUCAGAACAUCCUCUUGGACAAACAUCGCAUGAUUGUCAAGAUCGGAGACUUUGGCAUCUCCAAAAUCUUGAGCAGCAAGAGUAAAGCCUACACGGUUGUGGGAACUCCGUGCUACAUCUCCCCAGAGCUCUGUGAAGGGAAGCCUUACAACCAGAAGAGUGAUAUCUGGGCUUUGGGCUGUGUGCUGUAUGAACUCGCCAGCCUCAAGAGGGCUUUUGAAGCUGCGAAUCUUCCUGCCUUAGUAUUGAAGAUCAUGAGCGGGACGUUUGCCCCAAUAUCGGAUAGAUACAGCCCCGACCUGCGCCAGCUUAUCCUCAGCAUGCUGAACCUGGAUCCUUCCAAGCGGCCCCAGCUGAAUGAGAUCAUGGCCCAGGCCAUCUGCAUUCGGCCCCUUCUGAACCUCUACACUGAUGUGGGCAGUGUCAAAAUGAGAAGGCCUGAAAAACCCUUGGCUCCGGUGCCGACAGUGACCCACAGCCGGACGGGGGGACGAGUGAGCAGUGCCAGGCCGAGGGGUGUUCGAGGCGGUUCAGCCAGGACAGGAAUCCCUCCUCUGCUGUCGUCCAUCUAUACCUGGGGGAGCGGGAUCACCACCCCCCUCCGCCUGCCCAUGCUUAACACCGAAGUGGUGCAGGUGUCUGCCGGCAGGACGCAGAAGGCCGGGGUCACCAAAUCGGGGCGGCUCAUCCUGUGGGAGGCUCCCCCGAUGGGUGCUGCGGGAGGCCCUUCUCUCCCAGGAGCCACUGAGCAGCUCCAGCCUCAAUUUGUGUCCCGCUUUCUGGAGGGCCAGUCUGGCGUGACCAUCAAACACGUGUCCUGCGGUGAUCUCUUCACAGCCUGCCUCACAGACAGGGGGAUAAUCAUGACUUUCGGCAGCGGCAGCAAUGGCUGUUUGGGGCACGGAAACUUCACGGACGUAAGCCAGCCCAAGAUCGUGGAGGCCCUGCUGGGCUACGAGAUGGUGCAGGUGGCCUGUGGCGCGUCUCACGUCCUGGCGGUUUCCAACGAACGGGAAGUGUUUGCCUGGGGCAGGGGGGAUAAUGGUCGGCUUGGGCUGGGUACCCUGGAGUGCCACAACUCCCCUCAGCAGGUCACGGUCCCACCAGAGCACGAGGCUCAGAGGGUCAUCUGCGGCAUCGAUUCCUCCAUGGUCCUCACAGUGAAGAACCAGAUUCUUGCUUGUGGGAGCAACAGGUGUAACAAGCUGGGCUUAGAUCGGAUCAGCUCAGCAGAGGAGCCUUCCCCAGAGUACCAGGUGGAAGAGGCCACCGUGUUCAUGUGUGCCCAGUCGGCCCCCUUGAACCGAGAGCCGAUUGUGUGUGCUGACAUCGGUACAGCGCACUCGGCUGCAGUCACAGCUUCCGGCCAGUGUUACGCCUUUGGGAGCAACCAGCACGGGCAACUGGGCACCAACUCCUGUCGUAACAGCCGCGUACCCCACCUGGUUGUGGGGCUCCAGGCAAUGAAGGUCACCGUGGUGGCUUGUGGGGAUGCCUUCACUGUGGCCAUUGGAGCAGACGGCGAGGUGUGCACGUGGGGGAAAGGAGCCAGGGGACGCCUGGGCAGGAAGGACGAGGAAACGGGAGCGCCGAGGCCAGUGCAGCUGGAGGAGACGCAUCCAUACCUGGUGACCUCCGUAGCCUGCUGCCACGGGAACACGCUGCUGGCAGUAAAGCCUGCCGUGGAAGAGUCGCCUUCCCAGUGAGUUUGAGUUGAGAGGGGCCGCAUCCAGCCUCAUCGUAUAGAUGCUGGGGCUCCUCCCAGCCGCCAGCAUGCCUGUCCUCUCGCUGCUGCCCGCUACGGCCUGGCUCCGACCUGCGUCCCCAGGCUUGGGAGCUCCUCAGCUGCGCUCCGAAGGCAGCGAUCUGGAAACAGGGAGCUCCUAACGAUGGUUCCCACGGAACUAGAGCUGGGCUCACUUAUUGAAUCAACGAGGAUCGCUGUGAACCUCCAGUGCCUGAGAGCUGCUGCCCUGGACGUGCCGUGGGGUGGACGUCCCCAGAGCUCCGGUGCUGCCUUCAAGGGGGUUGCGCUGGGGCUCUGCCCUUCCCCGCUGGAAGUGCCUGUGUAGAAGGGUGAGGAGCACAGAGGUGAUUUUCCCCCCCCCGUGGAAACUGUCUCCGGUUACAAAGCCCGGGCUGACAGCUUGGUGUCUGAGCGAGCUGUCAGCCUUUGCACAGCAGUGUCUGGAGUUAGGGCCCCAGGCGCUA